ACCAGCCGCAUAUGCCCCCAACUGAGAGUGACGUCCGAAUCUGCCGCGUGCACCCCGCGUGCGAACCCCUCUCCCCCUCCCCCACCCAUGGCGAGGCAGCAUCCGCGCGUCCGGCCGUUCUCUUCUCCCAGCUUUAUUUCUACAACCUCUCCUCCGUCCUCCCCCGUUAGCAUGUACCUUGCCGCAACCUCUGAACACUGUGAAAAUUCUCUCUGCGUGGUGCGUGCGUGCUACCAGAAACCGAACCAGAGAGAAGCAUCUCAAUUCCACUGUCAGUUGAUCGCUGCCUGGGAAAGCUGUCCUGCUGUUGAUUGAUUGGUGCAGAGCUAAUUGGCAAUAAUUAAGAGGGCUCCACUCCGGCGUUUCCCGGUCACUCUGGCCAUCCCCGUGGCGCCGCCGUUUCGCACGCUGAAUGAGAGCACAGGACAAGAGGAUGCCAUUGCCAUAUCCCCUUCUCGCUGCUGCCAAGAGCCUUCUCCCGUAAACAACGGCUAAUAAGGACAUCACCACCAUGUUAAGCUGCCAAUUCCACAAGUGAGAUAACUGAAAGGUGAAAGAAUCGUACCGGACCGGAACUCAAGAGUUCAACAGAUGGCCAAGAUGAGCUGCUUCUCAGCCCUGCUCGGCGGUCGGAGGCAGAAACCCGCGGACCCGGUCGCAGAUGCCAAGACGAAGCAGGGUGGUGGCUCCAGGCCCAGGGUGAAGCCGGUGGAAUUCGUGGAGAAAUGCGGCGAUAAGGCCGCACCGUGUGACGGCGCCGAUGUGGUUGCCGGGAAGCCACACAAGAGCGGUGCCGUCGACACAUCGCCAGCGAAGAAGGACAAACUGUCUGACACCGACGUCCACCGCGCAACGAUCGCAGAGGAGGAGGCCGCGGACGACCUGUCGGCGAAGCUGAAACGGUCGUGCUCCAACAUCGAAACGAAGCGGGCUGGGCCGAGCCUGAGAGGAGGAGCCAUGGCGGCCCGGCGGUCGCGGUCCUACGGCGACCUGCAGCCGGGCCCGGGCGGCGUGAUCUCCACCAUGGAAGGCACCCCGGGGGCGGGGAGGCCGGAUCAGGGGAGCCCCGCGUCGGCGAAGAGCGCGGACCGCGUGAUGCUGAAGAAGCGGUCGUCGAGCCAGGUGCUGCCGUCGCGGAGCCGGAAGCUGUGGUGGUGGCUCUUCCUCUGGAGCCACCGCAACCUGCACCGCCCGCGCCCGGGCGACGCCGCCUGCGGGUACACCUCGGACACGCUCCACGAGGACCCAAAGAAGAAGAAGAGAGCGGUUAUGGCCGACCACGAGUGGCCGCCGGCGCCGGGGCACUCGAACUCGAACCAGUGGGUGGCCUUCUGCGCCGAGAACUCCCUCAACGACCGCGUCAGCGCGUGGAUCGAAAACGAGUGCCUCCGCGUGACCGAGGACGACGAGGAAGAGGAGGAGAGCAUGGCCAUGGCGCGUCCCGUGGAGAUGGAGGUCGGGGAGCCGUCGUCGGGGAAGGGCCACUGCGGGAGCAGCAGCAAGCAGUGGAAGAAGCAGCUGCGGUGCGCGGCGGACGAGGAGGUCGCCCAGGCCAACAGCAUCGUGCAUUCCCUCAACGCGCUGUCGUCGGUGGCGCACAUCUCCGGGAUGGGCCUCAAGGUCGUGCCCAUGAUCGCGCCCUUCUCCAGCCUCCGCGCGCUCAACCUCUCCGCCAACUUCAUCGUUCACGUCUCCCCAGGAUCGCUGCCGAAGGGCCUGCACUCGUUGGAUCUGUCGCGGAACAAAAUCGCAAACAUCGAGGGGCUCCGGGAGCUCACCAAGCUGCGCGUGCUCAACCUCAGCUACAACCGGAUUGCGCGCAUCGCCCACGGACUGUCGAACUGCACGGCAAUCAGGGAGCUAUACCUGGCGGGGAACAAGAUAAGCGACGUGGAGGGCCUGCACCGGCUGCUGAAGCUGGCGGUGCUGGACCUGGGGUUCAACAAGGUGACGAUGGCCAAGGCGCUGGGGCAGCUGGUGGCCAACUACCACUCCCUCCUAGCGCUCAACCUGGUGGGGAACCCUGUGCAGGCCAACGUCGGCGACGACGACAUGCGGAAGCUCGUCACGGGCCUCCUCCCCCAGCUCACCUACCUCAACAAGCAGCCGCUCAAGCGGCCGCAGCGCGCCCGGGAAGUGGCCACGGACAGCGUCGCGCGCACCGCGCUUGGGGGCACGGGGCGCCGGAGCACGCGCAAGCGGGCGUCGCGGCGGCUGAGCCAGAGCCCGGGGGCGUCGGUGUCGAGGAGCGCGUCCAAGGGCAGGCACCACCUUGGAUCCAGCCUCAGCCUCACCGCAAGGAAGUGAAGACGGAAUCAUCGAUGUUCUGCUCCCGACGGGCCUCUUCCAGCCCAAUAGUUUCUCUUGGGCUUCUCGGUAUGUUUCUGUGAUUCGGGCUUUUGAACAGUUUCGGUCAGAAAUGAGGUUCGGCACGAGCUUUGAUCGGGUCAAUUUCGAAAAUAUAAGCUUUGUUUUUUUAUAAACUAAAAAUGGAAGCUUUAUUGAUCUUAGAACCAAGCCAUUAUAACCUCAAAAAGAAAUGUCGAACAAAAUGUGAAACUAUAAUAUUUCAAAUUUAAACAAAUACGAAAGACAUAAAAUCUCAAACAGUACUAAGAAAAGUUUAAUCCAUAGAUCGGUUGCACAUUCGAUCAACUUAUGUUGUGGGAAAGAAAAAAAAAGUCAAUCUCACUGUUGAAAAUACAAGUAGAUAUAAGCUUCAAAAUGGGUCAACCCCAUAAAAUAAUUUAAUAUCAACUUAUUAAAUAUCAUUGCACAUUUUUUACCAAAAAGUGCCACAUAACAAUUAUCGUGCUAGCAGGAAAAACAGAACUCUUAAGCAAGCUUGUGCAGAUAAUAAAUGGAUCAAAGACCUUCCCCUCCGCCAUUUCCCAGGAGGAGCUUUUCAUCAAUUGAGGGGAAUAAGUUUUCGAACCUGGAAAACUCACAUUGUCGGGUUCCAAUUCGGCCAAGUCCGCUUAUCUUGCCAUGUCACACGGUCUUGUCGGGUUCCAAUUCGGCAGCCUUUCUUGCAACUCUUUUGGAAGUGCUGAGCGCCUCAGAAAUGCAAGUUUUUUCAUGGCAACUUGGCACAGCACCAUCCCCACUACCUACAUUCUUUCUCGUAAGAAGCAAUUGCACCACUGGCCCAACAACUUGAGAGGUGGGAGCAGUUUAGUCUAACAUGUUGCAAAGUGAGCAAAACUAGUCCCACAAGUUGACAUUUGGGAGCAUUUUAGUCCAAUUAGUUCGAAUUGGACACGUGGCAGCUAGAUGGAGUCUCGUAGGGCCGUGGAAAUUUUGCAAAAAAGCCCCUUGUACAAGAACAAUUUGUACAAACGAGUCGGACGAAGAUGCGGGGAAGAACAGUGGCGGCGACGGUCGUCGGAGACGAAGAAGAUGACGGCAGCGUCGCGGUUCCUGUGGUCGUGGCGGUGCUCCAGGGGGGCUCUUCUCGUGCGCGCCAGCACGGGGAGACGGAUGGUGGCGAGCUUGAGGCGAAUCCGUUGCUGGAGCGAGCUGUCGACGUGCAGCGACGGCGAUUUGGGAUUAGCUUCGAGGCGGGGCGACUUCGGGACGCGGGAGAGUAGGCUGAGGGCAACAGGGGUCCUGGGGUGCCGGCACGGUGCGCCGGCGCGCGGCGGCUUGGUCGGGAAGAAUUGGGGGUGGCCGGAUUGAGCGCGGCGGGGUCGACCGGUGGCGGGGAAGAUGACCCACUAGGCUGUGUCUUGGGCGCGUGUGGGGUCGAUUCGGUGCGGCUUCCGACGCGGGAAGGCGCAAAUAAGAUUCUUGGCGACGCGCCGAGGUCAAGGGCGGGCCGGAGCGACUUGGAGGAGGCAGCGGCUUCGGGAGAGAAAAGAGAAGGAGCAGAGGGAAAGGAGAGCUCGAGAGCGGAGGGGAUUCGUGAGCGGGGCGGCUAGUGGAUAAGGAGGAGGGGCAGCAGGACGGAGCGGAGCUGUGUGAGGGGACGACAGCGUGGCCGGGUUGGCCGACAGGACGGGGAGCAGGACGGGGAAGAAGGACAGGGUGUCGGUGGGUCACUGACGGCUGGGUCCCACGGGUCAGAUUUUUGUCUCGGGAGGUGAGUGGGAUGCUCAAUAACCACAGGGGGUUUUCAGCAAAAAGACACAGGACACAUGUCAAUGCAUGAUUGGCUUGGACCUCUAAGCAAUCCGAAUCUCAACUUCUGGGACAAGUUUUGCUCAUUUUACAACAUGUUGGACUAAACUGCUCCCACCUCUCAAGUUGUUGGGCCAGUGGUGCAAUUACCUCUUCUCUUAAAGGUAUCCCAAAUCAUAAAUGGUGUCCGUUUUGUUUGCACGCCAUGGAGAGGGCAGGCAUAUUUUCUUGUAUUGCUUCUUCGCCAGGCAGGUUUCGCGUUUGGUGGUGGCUUGGACCGCGGUGAGGUUUUUUAGUCCCUCGACCUGGAGCAAUCGCGACACAAUCAAGUUGUGGUGGAUGGACAGAAUUGAGAAGUGAAAAGAUCGACGAAUAAGUUCCUGGCUCGCGGAGCGACCUCUUAAUUUAUCAUGUCUCUUUCGACGAUUUGGAAGGAGAGGAAUAAUCUAAACUUCAACGUCAAGAGCUUUCCAGCUACAAGUGUCCUAAUGAUUAUCAAGAAUGAGGCAGCACCAUGGAAGUUGGUAGACUGCAGGGUUUAGGCGUGUUAUUGUCGGGCUCGGAUGACGUUCCUCGAGCUGUAUGUCCUAACGCGGCGUGUGUGCGCGUGCGUGUGUGUUUGGCUUUAUAUGUUUUUCGUCUAUAAUUUUACUCUGUCCAUGCUGUGCCUCUUUCAUAAAAAUAUAUUAUUGUGCCAA